AACAACACAACAUAAAACACCUAUCUGCUCCUUUCCUUGUUUCCAUCCGCACUCACGAUCUUUGUUGAUUCACUCAUCCACUGUGUGCCUUGCGAUUGCGACAAUGGGCGCCAGCAGCGACCCGACCCAAGACGGGUCAGACGAGCAGCAAAAGCGGUCUGAGAUCUAUACCUACGAGGCGCCGUGGCACAUCUACGCCAUGAACUGGAGUGUCCGCCGUGACAAGAAGUAUCGCCUUGCCAUCGCCUCCCUCCUCGAACAGUACUCUAACCGCGUCGAGAUUGUUCAGCUCGACGAUUCCAACGGUGAGAUCCGCUCCGACCCGACCCUCUCCUUCGAACACCCCUACCCUCCAACCAAGGCCAUCUUCAUCCCCGACAAGGACUGCCAACGCCCCGACCUCCUCGCCACCUCCUCCGACUUCCUCCGCGUCUGGCGCAUCGCCGACACGGACGCGGAAUCCUCCCCUCGCGCAGUCGAACUGAAGUCCCUCCUUAAUGGAAACAAAAACAGCGAGUACUGUGGGCCCCUCACCUCCUUCGACUGGAACGAGGCCGAGCCGCGCCGCAUAGGCACUUCCAGCAUCGACACCACCUGCACCAUCUGGGACAUCGAGAAGGAAACUGUCGACACACAGUUAAUAGCGCAUGACAAAGAGGUUUACGACAUAGCGUGGGGCGGCGUUGGCGUGUUCGCUUCCGUCUCUGCUGAUGGCUCCGUUAGGGUUUUUGAUCUCCGCGACAAAGAGCACUCCACAAUAAUCUACGAGAGCUCUGAACCGGACACUCCUCUGGUUCGGCUGGGGUGGAACAAGCAGGACCCGAGGUACAUGGCCACUAUUAUCAUGGACAGCGCCAAGGUGGUGGUGCUGGAUAUUCGCUUCCCCACACUGCCUGUGGUGGAGCUGCAGCGGCACCAGGCCAGCGUCAACGCCAUUGCAUGGGCCCCGCAUAGCUCCUGUCAUAUAUGCACUGCAGGGGACGAUUCUCAGGCGCUGAUUUGGGAUUUGUCAUCCAUGGGUCAACCUGUGGAGGGUGGGCUUGAUCCAAUUCUUGCGUACACUGCUGGGGCGGAGAUUGAGCAGCUUCAGUGGUCGUCUUCGCAGCCUGAUUGGGUCGCCAUUGCGUUCUCUACUAAACUUCAGAUUCUUAGGGUUUGAUUAUUAUUAUUCCUGUUUUAUCCUCUUUUUCUUUGUUUCCUCCAUGUGCAAACCGGACUUUGGGAUAAUUUAGACUUGAAAUCACAUCUCUAUCUUUGGGAUAAUUUAGACUUGAAAUCACAUCUC